AUGGCGCAAUCCAUGAAAGGCCCCGGCAUCCUCUACGUGAAAGCAUGUAUCAACCCAUCGCCCAGCAACCCGCUCGAGGAACCACAAUACAUGCACUGGUACGACGAUGACCACAUCGCCGAAAUUGUCGAGACGUCCGGGAUGCCCAACGCGUUUCGGUACUUCCACGUCAACAAAACUCCUGGACAAGGAAAGCCUACACCGGAUUGCCCACGGCCUUAUCUAGCUUUCUACCCGAUGCCUGACAUAGCGUUUACGCAAGGCGCAGAGUUCAAAAAGAUUAGGGUUCACAGCGACAUGCUGCCUGGAACAGGACUCUGUUAUGACAUGGCGGAUAAUGAUGUUGGGUAUUAUGCGUUGGUCGGACAGAAGGGAAACGGUCAGAAAGGCUCAGGGAAAUACCUUGCAACCUCAGAGAUUGAACCUGCGAGCCAGGUAACGGACGAAGAAAUGAAUGCGUUUUUGGAUCAGCAAGUGGAAACCGUAUCCAAGCUGGACCACUAUCAGCGCUCGCUGCGCUUCAAGCUGCUUCUGGCUCGGACCAACGCGCAGUCACGCAUCCUGAAGGGACUUGCGGCAGCGACAGAUGAGCCGGCUCCUGAGCCUCCAACCUGGUUGCAGAUCCACGAAUUCUCUGCAGAGCCGCAGUCCGAUAAAGCACGCAUUUUGGCUGCGAUAGCAUCUGAAACGAAAACAACUCGGCCGUCCGAACAUGGAAGAGGGGCUCGCGAGGUUACGCAAUUGUCUCUAAGCAUGCUUCAUAUCGUUGUGCACAAGUGA